AUGACUAACAAGGAGAGACAUAGAUUUGUUCUUGUGCAAUUAUUUGUAAUUCUAGUGAUUGUCAAUUGCUCAUUCGGUGAUGUUGUGAACAGUGGGGUGCCUCAUGAUAUUAAUAUAGUUGAAACAGAUUCCCAGCCGCUAUCAUUAAUCGUCGUAGAGGACUCAGCUUAUGAUAAGAGGAAUAAUGUGAACAGAUUUAAAAAUUUUAUGAUAAACAAGGAUCAGCCAGAGAGGUUUGAUGAUGAAGCUCGGGACGAGCAGAUCUACUACAUUCCGAGAGUUGCAUCUGGCAAAAAACGAGAUCUAUUAGCAUAUCCUGGAACCAGAGUGCGAGUUGGGAACUCAAAUUUCCGACCUCAGACAUCUUUUGGAUACAACAGCCGACCUGCACCAUGA